AUGGCCGUUGAGUCUCAUGAGUCAGCAGCUGUAUCUGCAUUCGAAGAGGUUUCUUACGAGAAUCAUCCAAUUCUACGGGUACCAGAUGACAUUUUGUGUCUCAUUUUUGAGCAACUCUGCCCCGGAUCCAGUCAUCAUCGCAACAAACUCGCCUAUGACCUCGGAUGUGUGAAUAAGAGGUGGAGAGACGUUUCGAGGCGCACACCCAACAUAUGGCGCUGCCUGGACAUUGACAUAUCAUACAGUGUCUCGGUUCUUGCCGCCCAGUAUAGAUAUAUAACGUCGGUCCGCCCAGAUCCAGACAAUAUCCGCAUCUAUCGUAGUAGAGGGGACGAUUUCGCUUGGAAUCACCUUCGCGAAAUCUUUCGCGAGUGUCGCAUCUCUCAGCUGAAAGUCAUUGAACAUCUCAGCAUCUACAUCUACAAGCCAUAUCUCGCGAAUACACUACUGGAAAAUCUGCCUUUCUUGGAGGGACCACGUAUUCGCGAGCUUUAUCUCUCCACCCAGUCUAAGCGCGAAGAGUCGGACCAGCGCGCGCCAUGGGAUGCUGCACGUAGCGCGAUUCUUAUUCCAGGUGCAGAGAAGCUGUAUCUCUCGCAUCAAUUCGACGUCCAGUUCUUUUCUUCGCACUCUCCGCCAGUCUCCUCUAUCACGUUCCUCGACGUCUACGACUGCAAAGAUGUUCAGUUCCUUCCUGGACUCGCCAUGUUCACCAAUCUCAAGAAGCUCAGGGUGCGAUGGGUCGAAUGUCCUUCACCACCAGCCGCAUCAGACCGCUCGAUGAUCAACCUUCCAUCCUUAGAGCUACUACAUAUCGCUCGCUCGCCCAAUUUCCCCUGGGACCAUCUCUCCUGCCCAUCCCUCCGACGCAUCCUUGGCGACGAAGAUGUGUCGUUGCCAAUGAUUCGCUUCCUUGGCCGACAUCCCGAAAUCCUCGAGCUCGACGUUUGUGUCGAUCCCAUUCUAUUCGAACCGUUUAAUUUGUCCUGUCCCCAGCUCGAAGUCCUCGAUCUCCGCGGUCAUCUCGAAGGACUGGUCGGCUGGCACAAAAACGAUCUCAGCGAAUGGGACAAGAACGACCUGGGAGGGGGCACAAUGCUAUUUCCAAAGCUCAAGAAACUAAUUCUCGAUCGCGUAGACGAAGAGUUGAGUAUAGAACUACUCGACGCCAUUCUCGCCGCUUGGUUUUACCCACAAAGCCCAACUUCAGAGAGGACACCCAUUCACUAUCGGGAUAGGCCUAUUGAAUGUCUUGGUAUCCUUGGAGAGACAAAGGAUCUACUGUCACCAUCGUGGAUGAAGAGUAGGCUUCUGAAGGGAUGUGAACAAAAGUCAACAUAUUUACCUCAUUUAGGAGAGCACUGGACGUGCGUAGAAUUCCGUUGGUCUAUCCACUAA